AUGACCUCAUCUUUUGAAGGUGUCGGCAGGGUUGCGGACAAAGCCCCGCGGGCCCCCCUGCCGGUGCACUCGACGGGCAACAUGGACACGUAUCAGCGGACCACGCAGGACGUCAAAGACUCGGCGAACGGGGAGGACAAGUUGUUGCUGGUCGGAUACGGAGCCGACAUGCUGUACCCGAAGCCUUAUGACUGCUUCUUGUCUAAAACCGUCGAAUUCAACAUGCUGUGCUUCUGCAUUGCUGCACGAUUAGUGUGCCCGGCGAACACCCCGACACACGCGAAUGGACGAACCGGAGUUCUGAAGACUGGACUGGAGAAGAGCGGCUUCAGCGUCUUCGACUGGAUGUACAUUGACAUCGACGUUCGUGCGCUGGGCUUGAAGGACGCAGAACACGACGUUCAGAGUUCCCCGGCGCUCAACUACAGAGUUCUCCAGCACCUGUCGGUCGGCCAGGAAGGCAUGUGGCACGCGCUGGUCAUGAUGCUCGCUCUCAUUUCCACGCUGCUCGAGUACAAGCCGGACAACGGCAUGAAGAUCAUCCUCUCGCUGUUCUGUGACGAGGAGGACGACCCGUUACCCAACUUCAUCUCGACGGCCAUCAUCAUGUCGAAGUACAUGUUCAAAAAUCCCCGUCGGAGGUCACUCGCUUACUACGCGGCGGCCACGCAGCUCGGCUGGUGUGAGCCGGACGUACCCGAGGCCGCGACAGCCUUCGAGGAAGGCAUGCAGGAGGCGGACGACGAGGGCUACCAGAAGGACACAGACUCGGAGAUGAUCGCGCAGGACCUUGGACGUUGGGCAGAGGUUGUGUCCGACCAGGACACUGUCGAUCCCCCGCCGAAGGACUUCAUGGACGAACCGGACGAAGACGACGAGCCGCAGGAAUGUGUGGACCAGGAGGACGACCCGCCGGCGGAGGAGGAAUACGUGGACGUUGAGGUCGAUGACGAUGACGACGAAGGACAGGCCGACGACGAGGAGCCCGACACCCCCCGGAAGGCCGACUCGAUGAAACUGCCGUGCGUUGGCGACGACGGCUUCGUCACGGUGGCCAAAACACGCCGGGGGAGACCGCUGGACCAGGAGGACCCUCCACCUCCCCCGAAGGCGUGCCAGGACGACUACACGGCGGUCGACAUGCUCGAGUUCCACUUGUACAUGGCCCGCAAAAAAGGAGGGCAAAAAGCGGUGGACGAUCUUUGCAUGGAGAUGGCGAGGUCACGCGCUGUUCUUCUCUACAAGCACCCAGCCGUUGCGGCGGCAAUCAUGAACUACCCGUUCGAUCUCGACGACGGUGUUUGGAACGCGCUGGUCGGACUUGCUGAGCAAUCCCCGUGGGGCCGAAUUCUCGCACACGAUAUCGCCGGUAAAGCCUCGUCGGGCAAAUCUGGGGACUUAAGAAACCACUCGGCGUACUUCACGAUGAACAUCAACGAGAAGUCGAUUGCCGCCAUGCACCCGCGACACGAUGACGAAGAGUACAUGGUGUUCAAGGCCGCCAAGUCUCGCCGGAUCGAGAACACGUACUCGCACAUACCCGUGAAGGAGCGGAAGAAGAUGGCCGUCUUGAAAACGGAAGACGACGUGCACUCGGAGGACUUGCCUGGCGGCUCGUCGUACCAGUCGAUCGUGUCGGACCUCAGGCCGGAGGAGAACUACACGCUGGAGACAGAAGCACGCCGGAAGCGCACGAAGUACCUCCGGGAGCAGGGCUACGACACGCCGGACUCCGGAGUUCUCGCCUUCGACGACGACCACACCUACGACCCGUCGGACUACGAGCCUGCCACGGGCGCCCCGAAGGACCUGUACUCGUACAGUCCACCCGACAGGCCUCCUCCCCGGGUCCGGUCCACGCCGGGCGCCAAGCCACUGGUCGGACACGGCACUGUUCUGGAUCCACCCGGUGAAGGCGGUCCACGAGCGCGGGCCCCGCCGAAGCCUCGACCCCAACCUCGACCCGAAUGGGCUGCCUAUGUGGCAAACACGUCAGCACGUGCAGCUGAGGCAGCACCACCCCUACCACCCCCCCAGGCCCCACCUCUCAAAUCCUCGAAGAUGCCACCCACUGCACCCGCCGUUUCCAGACCCGCCGCUCCACACCCUGUACCUAUCCAACCAAUCUCGAAGGCCAAAACGAAGGCGGCCAAGCAAGAGCAGCAGCGCUUGGGCACGCCGACUCACUCGCAGGCCACAACCACGACGGCCGUGAAGUUCUCCUCGGCGGCCUCGUCAUCCUCGCAGGACCCCCCCCGCGGGCCGACCGAGAGGGAACUCCUCAUGAAGAAACUCGAGAUCGAGAUGGAGCGCAAGAAACUCGAGGCGGACUACUUGGCCAUGCAGCUCUCGCAG